ACACUUGCAAUCUGGCCCAGGCGCGAAGUUUGGGCGCGAGGCAGGGACAAUAAAGGCUCCUUUUGGGCACGUGACGAUGGCGAGGACUGGGACCGCGAGGGAGGAGGGAAAGGCGAGGAGGAGGAGGAGGAGGAGGAAUACGACGAGGCGGCGGCGGGCGCUUAAGAAGGGAGACGUCGGGCAAGGCGCCCCAGUCCUCGCCUGAGUGGCAGCGGAGGAGGAAAGAAGGGAAGGGAAAGGAAAGGAAAGGAAAGGAAAGGAGGAGACUGGGUCUGCAAGGUGGGCGCGUGGCGGCGGAGAAGCCUGGAUGGCGAGGGGCGGAGGAGGCUGCUCGGAGGGGGAAGAAGCGAGAGAGAGACCCUCUGCCUUCCUGGCGCCCCUCCUCUCCCCGCCCCGCCUCCUCCUUCUCCUCCUCCUCCCUUGAAGGUGGUCAGGGAGGGAAGAAGGAAGGAAGGAAGGAAGACCACGAGGCGCCCAGCAAAGGCAGGAGAGAGGCGCGCGCUUCCCUCUUGGUCCUCUUCCUCCUCUUCGUGUUCCUCCUCAGCCUUGGCCAUGUGAAGGGACAAAGGAUUGCCUCACAUACUUUCCCCGAAAGCCUACAUAACUGACAUCUGGGGUUAUGAAGUCAGUCCUAGAUGGCCUCGCAGAUACGACCUUCAGAACAAUUACGACAGAUCUUCUUUACAUGGGUUCUAACGAUAUCCAGUACGAAGAUUUUAAAAGCGACAUGGCUUCCAAGUUAGGAUAUUACCCACAGAAAUUUCCUCUGUCUUCUUUUCGAGGUGAUUUCCGACCUAAAAUGACUGCAGGAGAAGAUGCUGUUUUGGGCGUGCACCCGGCAGAUCAGGUCAAUCUUACAGAUUUUUACAACAAGACUUUGUCAACCUUCAAGGAAAAUGAGGAUAAUAUACAGUGUGGAGAUAACUUCAUGGAUAUGGAGUGCUUUAUGAUUCUGAACCCAAGCCAACAGCUGGCCAUUGCAGUACUUUCACUUACCCUAGGCACCUUCACUGUUCUGGAAAAUCUCCUGGUCUUGGUUGUCAUCCUGCAUUCCCGAAGCCUUCGCUGUAGGCCUUCCUAUCAUUUCAUCAGCAGCCUGGCAGUAGCUGAUCUCCUUGGCAGUGUCAUCUUUGUCUACAGUUUUGUUGACUUCCAUGUUUUCCAUCGAAAAGACAGUCCCAAUGUUUUCUUGUUCAAAUUAGGUGGAGUUACAGCUUCGUUCACAGCCUCAGUUGGCAGCCUUUUCCUCACUGCGAUAGACAGGUACAUAUCUAUACACAGGCCCUUAUCCUACAAAAGGAUUGUUACCCGAUCAAAGGCUGUUGUAGCAUUCUGUGUGAUGUGGACGAUUUCUAUUGUAAUAGCGGUCCUUCCUCUGCUUGGUUGGAACUGCAAAAUGCUCAAUUCUGUUUGUUCUGACAUAUUUCCACUGAUUGACGAGAACUAUCUGUUGUUCUGGAUCGGUGUCACCACUGUACUCUUGCUUUUUAUUGUUUAUGCCUACAUGUACAUCCUCUGGAAGGCUCAUAGCCAUGCUGUCAGGAUGAUUCAGCGUGGCACUCAAAAGAGCAUGAUCAUUCACACUUCAGAGGAUGGUAAAGUGCAGCAGGUCUCCAGGCCUGAACAAACACGUAUGGACAUCAGGUUAGCCAAAACCUUAGUCCUCAUUCUUGUGGUUUUGAUCAUCUGCUGGGGUCCUCUGCUUGCAAUCAUGCUCUACGAUGUCUUUGGGAAGAUGAACAAGCUUGUGAAGACUAUCUUUGCCUUCUGUAGCAUGCUGUGUCUCAUGAAUUCCACAGUGAACCCCAUUAUCUACGCUCUCAGGAGCCAGGACUUGAGACAUGCUUUCAGGAGCAUGUUUCCACCGUGUGUGGGGACUGCACAGCCUCUUGAUAACAGCUUGGAGUCUGACUGCCAGCACAGACAUGGUAACAACCCAGGUAAUGUCCACAAGGCUGCUGAAAGGUGUAUUAAAAACACAGUUAAGAUUGCCAAAGUGACCAUGUCUGUCUCCUCAGACACAACAGCAGAGGCAUUGUAAACCAAAAGUCUCUCGGCAUCAUGAGAGCACAAAACAAGAGAAAGUAAGAGAAAUUCAUUACUAUAGAAGUGUACGUUUUUCAGAUGUUACCCCCCCCCCUUUUCUUUUAAACAAUUGUGUUUUGAUGUUAGUUUUUUUAGUUCAGAGCAGUAUCCCCUUCCAGGUUUUAAAAAAAUAAACAAGGACUUGGACCUGUAUUUUCAAAAAUAGGUUUUCUAUUGACCAAACAUUAAUUGAGUGGUGAUAACUAAUCCUAUUGCCAUAUAUAAAAGCAUCCAGUUGAUCAAUGAGGGGAAAAAAUCUAUAAACAUAUAGAAACUUACUGCAAAUUGAGAUGCGUACAACAAUGUAAUCAAAACCAACUAUGUAUAAUUGUAGUUUUAUUUCUGGUGUGAAAUGCGUUGUUUGUAAGUAGAUUUUCUCACCCCCGCCCCACCCCAAAAGCGGCAGUACUGGAUUGUAAAAGUUUUGUACUACGUCUUGUGAGACCUAUGAUGUUUUAUUGUCUGUUAAUAAUAUUGUCUAAAAGUGAUUAGGUAGACUUGCGUGAAAGUAAUGUAAACUAUGUGAUGAUGUAAAACCCUCCUUCUACCAUGAAAGUACUUCCUGUAUUUUGAAGAAGUCCUAUGAGGUAUUUUGGAAUUUUUACAUUCUUAGUGGUUUUUAGUGAACUUCAAAGGAAAGGCUUUGUAUUUCUUCUGCUCACGUUUGAAAUCCCUAUUAAGUUUUGAAACUCUUGUAAAUACAGAAAUAACAGCAACUUGGGGUACUUACACUAACUUUGCAAAAGAAAAAGAAACACUGGUUUAGAUGAGGAAAGAACAGCUUUACUGUAAUGGAUAGUUGGUUUCUUGUUGGAAACCAAAAGGGAAGGCGUUCGGCCACUGGUAACUUUUGUUGGUUUGUUGCUAAUGCUGGAACUCCGAAGACAACACGUGUCCUAUUAAACACACAAAGUUAUCACUGUGAUGUAUACUUGAAAUGUGUUACAUUCUUGAGUCCCACAUUUUAAUUUAUUUGAAACUUGGGAUGCCAAAUAUCAGUCUUCGGAAGCAAGAGGAUGAAGUAUAAGUAUUAGACUUUUUAACAUGUGUAUAUAUAAUUAAGUGGUAUCUGUAUAUUUGUGUGUGCUGUGUGUAUAUACCAAGUAAGUGUUACAUUGAUGUUAUUAAGAUAAGACAAUUGUGACCAAAUGUUUUCAAUCUUUUUCUUGUUGCAUUCUUUGCACAUAAAUUCUGUUUCUAAAAAGUGAGUUCUUCCAAUCAAUCAAUAAUAAAAAUACAUAACAUUUUAACAUAAAUCCAUACUAAAACCCCAAUCUUAUAAACAACAAAAAUGACACAUUUGUAUUAGUAGCAGCCAUAUUAGUUAAGGAGGUCAUUGUGCUAUGGCACUUAGUGAUUAAUUGAUUUGUUGUUUUUAGCCCUAGGCUUUACAAAAUGAUUGAAAGAAUACUAUCACUGUGAACAGGUGAAUGAAACUUAAAGAAGCAUUCAUAAGUGUUAGAAUUAGACUGGAAUUAAGCAACAUGGCAGAGAAACUGUUCAAGAUGCACCAAAUCUCUGUAAAAAUUAAGGAUGCAGAAGAUGAAAACUGAACUACCAUUGUAUUUGAAGAAUCAUUAUAAAUAUUUAUCCAUUAUUUAUAUUAUAUCAGUCUGAAAACAAGGUCACCCUGAUCAAACAAAAACUUCCAAUCUGUUAUACCUUUUUUAAUCAAUGAGGGACUGCAGCAUAGGAAGUUGCAGCAUAGGAAGUUUCCCAUUCUGGAUCCCUGUUUCUUAUAUCCUUGGACAAUUUAUACUGUUCUUGUUUCUAAGUUGGGCAUUGAAAUCUGUGCCAGAAGCAACCUGAGAAACUGCAAGUCGCUUCUAGUAUGAGAGAAUUGGCUGUCUGCAAGGACGUUGCCCAAGGGACACCCAGAUGUUUUACCAUCCUGUGGGAGGCUUCUCUUAAAGCAUUAAAAAGUGCAGAAAAACAAAUAAAGAACAACAAAUGCAAACAUGAAGGCAAGAAUCCCCAAUAGUCCUUCCAAGACAGGCACCUUCCAGGCAUUAGUGUGACACUAGAAAGCAUGCCAGGGCUCCCCCUCUCUCCCUCCCUCUGACAGGUGAACAGAAGGCAGCCGCUCUGAGGUCUAGCUGGCCUCCUGUUUCUUCUGCAGGAGAGUGCAAUCUUGCCGCACCACCACAAAUGAAGAGGCCACACAUGUGAUUUGGCUAACUAAGGAAAACUUUUAUUACUGUUACCUAUCAAUAAUCAAUAAUUCCACCCCACCCCCAAUCUAAUCACUGAAUACACUCUGGACCUGGCCAUGAAUAUGGCCGUAAACUUGACCCUGAACUUGGCAAUGAACUUGGUGGGGGUAAUUCUGUUUCCAGAAUUAUUCAUGUCAAAUUUCUAAUUCCCCGGUCCACUCUAAUUCGCCCUUCCCUCUUUUAUUUACAUCAUAGGGACAAGUUACAGUUGCUGGUCUACCAAUAUGAGUGCCUUGGUUCUGCAUUUAAUUCAAUGUGUAGCUUUACAUAUGCAGUUGGAGGCAAUUCAGACACUAGAGAUGUAGCCAGUCCCAAUUCAGUUGAGAAGGAGAAGAGAUGAGGGUGCAUUCAUUUUACUUUGACUAGUUGCUGGAUCUUCAUGGUCCGAAUUCUCUUCUUCCUAGUAAAUUGCAGAAGCCACACUCCAGGGAUUGACAGCUGUCAGAUAUGAGGUUGUUUUGGAUGAAGUGGAAUGACACGAGAAUAUCCUUCUGCCAAAAAUACACAAAGAAAUGUGCAUACUCAUAAAUCACUAGCAGGCCACAGCCAUUGACUGCUCCUUGUCAGAGAUUCUGGGGAAUCUUCCGUUUCUGUUGGGAGACAAAAACACAGGGCAGUGGAAGAGAUACACAGUAGAAAUAAUGUGGCCCUUAAGAUGCUUUGGAUAGUAACUCCUAGUAUUCCUCACUCUUGGCUAUGCUUGUUAAGGCUGCAGGAUUUGUAAACCAGAAGCCUACGUCUCGUAAGCCUCAUGGUCCCCAUCCCUAGUGUAACUCCGUGUUCAGCUAUACAAGGUAGCCAGUCACCUACAGAAUGUAAAAAACUCUUUCCUGGUGAGAACAUUGCCUAAUCUACUAGUUAAUCUGUCCUGUGAAAUAGAACUAAGUAGAGCAAGAUGAGAUGGAGAAUAGUUUCUGUUUUGGGUAAACAUAUUGUCAAACAGUACCUGAGAGCAGGAUUACUGCUUGUGCUAGAGACAUGGUAUGACAAUUCAUGGGAGGAGGGGGAGAAAUAUUUCAAAUCAGACUGUGCCCCACUACUUGUUCAAAACAAAGGGGAGGAUAUGUCAUUAUUUCUGCUAUGAGGGCAGCUGUGUAUUAUGGAUGGGGCUUUCCUUCCACUGAAGGCAGUCCAGCAGAAGAUGUCAAGGUGGCCACCCAGCUCUCCGGACCUAUUGAAACCUACCCACAAUUUACGCUUGAACUAGUUUGUUUGAUCUUAGUUGUUCCUUUUAGUAAGAGUGGGAAUUCCCACUCUUUUAAUGGUAGUACCAGAUGAUUAGUUAAGUAUCUCCUGAGACUGAAUGUUCUGGGCUUAAUUCAAGAUUACCUUAGUUGCAACACCUGUUCAGAAGGAUAUCUACAAGCAGCGAGGUAGCAGUAAUGUGGUGGGAAUAUAUUGCGCAAUAAGAAUUUUGAAUGUGAGAAUUUACUCCAAUAAGAAUUCUGCGGCCUUCCAUUAAAUGUUCCCUCAGACUCCAAAAUUCUAGCAUUGCAGUAAUAAUUCAGUUUAACAUUUAAGAGACACACUCGAUGCAUCCAAAGCAAAGGGGCAGGCAAGGCAAAGAGUUCUACAUGUGAAUAAUGUUCAGUGUCUGAUUCUCUGCAAUGCUAGAAAUUUGGGGACCAAAAACAAAUUAAUUGGGAUGGAAGAAUUCCUCUUGGGAUACAAUCUCUUCAUUUUACCCCCACCAAAAGUUCUCCUCUAACUAUGAGGCAUAAUGGCACACAAAGACACGACAGAAUGGGCUAUUACAAGGAAUGGAAGGACCUAUCCUACCUUCUCAGGUCUGUCCAGCCCCCACCUUUCCCAUUAGUCAUUCACGUUGUGUUUCAGGUGUGCAAACACUGAGGAAGUAACAACAACAAAGACUCCUGUUAUUCCUCUACACCAGUGGCUCUCAACCUGUGGGUCCCCAGAUGUUUUGGUGUUCAACUCCCAGAAAUCCUAACAGCUGAUAAACUGGUUGGGAUUUCUGGGAGUUGUAGGCCAAAACACCUGGGGACCCACAGGUUGAGAACCACUGCUCUACAUGCUGCUGCUAUGUCCACUGUGGGCUAUAUAUAUUGUAACUCUUCCUUUAACCAUCAAACAUCAAGCAGAUAAGAAAAUCCAAAAGACAAUGGAAGGGUAAAUCCAGAGCCAUUUCUUUAAAUGUCUUUUUGUGACUUUAGUUGUUACUUGUAUGGGUUUCUGUUUGUGUAUCUAAGAUCUUAACUUUAUGUAAUUAAAAUAAACUAUGGGACAAUGGGGCUGUCUUGGCACUAAAUAUGGUGCUUAUUGAUAUAAUAAGAAACAACAUCCUGUGAAAUACUAUAAUGUAGUGUUCAAUAUAUUUCAUUUACAUAUGUGCAGGUUUUUUUGUUUGUUUUAAUUUUUUUUUUAAAAAAAACUUGUAUAACUGUGGAUAUUGUCCUACCACCAUUUCUCAACUCAUCUAGCUAUGAAGACCCUUCAAAAUGAAUGCUAAAUAUAACUGCUGUUAGAUACUCCACUGCUUUACUUUAGAUACUUUAGCUUUUUCCUCAAGGCUGUAAAAAUGCUUAGGAAGGUAUAUUCAGUACAAACUUCCACUCUCAUCCCUUCAAAGCAAUGCAAUUAGUGCAAGACUACUCUCCUUUCAACAAAUAAUAUUAUGUAUAUUAUAGAGCUUAAAAUGUACUCACAUAUUCCAGUUUUCAUUUCUGGUCUCUUUCAAUUAAGGCUUUUCUGCAAACUAUAUCACUAUUAACUGGGCCAUUGAAGCGUCUUGUGGCCCAUGUUUCUCUCUUUAAAAUAUUAUUUUCUUUGUAUCUGCUUCUUCCUGGGCUGAGAACAAAACAAAACAAAACAGGGCACUGCUGGCCAUUCAUGGCACCCUGCAAGCUUCUUACCUUGGUUGCCCUAGCAGAUGCCCAAAGGCAUGGUUAUGUAUAUAUGUGUAUAGGAUGAGAUUGCAAUCAGUCCUCCAAAUUUGCUAAGGUUAGACGCACAUGGCCCGUAUGAAAGUGAAAAACCAUCAAUAAAGAAAUUGUUAUUUUCUAUGUGAGAGAACAUCCCUCAUGGAAUUUCUUGGGGCCUUUCCACACACAGCCUUAUAUCCCAGAAUAUCAAGGCACAUUGAUAUCAAUCGCACAUUUUCUGAGUGUGGAUUCAGAUAACCCAGUUCAAAGCAGAUAUUGUGGGAUUUUCUGCCUUGAUAUUCUGAGAUUCAUGACUGUGUGGAAUGGUCCCAGGUCUUCCAGAACAACACUAUAGCCAAUUUCCACUGGAAGCUGACUAUUGAAUUGCAUUGGAAGAUUUAGAAAUUCCUAGAGGUGUUCUCUCAAGAAAUCUCUAGGUCCCCUGGCAUGAUGGGGAAGUUGACCAUAGAAUCAGAGUGGAAGACCUAAAGAUUCUUAGAAAAAUGUGUUGUUGAAGGUCAGAAUCACUGGGGUCCAUUCCACACAACCCUAUAUCCCAGUAUCAUGGCAGAAAAUCCCACAAUAUUUGCUUUGAACUGGGAUAUCUAAGUCCACACUCAGAUUAUGUGGGAUUUCCUGCCUUGAUAGUCUAAGAUAUAGGGCUGUGUGGAAGGGCCCUUGAGUUUUCUUAGAACAGUUCUAAUCCAAUCAGUGAAUUAUCCACAAACAUCAGAUCGGCAAAUGUGGAGGGAGGACUGUACUGACUACUUACUGCACACCUGACUAGACCCCACUGCCCUGACUAUUUCUCCCCUUGCGCUGCCCUAUCUCCAGUGAAUGUCCUGCUCUGACCUUCCAUAGUGCAUGAGUCAUCUCCUGGUCACUGCUGGAGACUGAACACUCAUCUCAGUGAGCUUCACACUGACCCAACAAGAUAAUUCUCAUGUCCAUUUGCAGCACAGAGAACUGUAUUUCUUCAUUUUGAAACUCUUUAACUGCAGCAAGAAACCUUCCUUUAGAUAAAGCUAUUUCCAAUUGUCCAUGUUCCCUUGGUAAUAGCCUAGCAGCUUAUCCACACACUGCUUUAUAGUCAGCCACCCACUCUCAUGAAAUGAGUAGCUCCAUAGCUAAAACAAUUCUGUGUAUUUAUUAACUUGACGUGUUGUGUAUAUCUGUACCAGAGACCAUCUGUAUUAUGUGCAAGUUAGAUUCUCCACCACCUUAAUGUAUAUUUGUAUAUUACCUCCUCAAUGCUGUGCAAUCACUAUGGAUUUCUUUUUAUUGCACUGAUCAAAAUGCCUCUUGUAUGAUAAAUAAAACCUUUUCUGUGGUGAAUGUAUGUAAAUAAAAAAAAUUAAAAAUCAUUUCAAAUGUCAGCUAUACAAGCAGUGGCCUAACUCAAAUCCAAGUCUGUAAUUGUAAAAUAGAACAUCAGUUAAGUUGCUGUAACAUCAGGAAAAGAUUCUAGGGAUGCAAUGACAGAGAAAGGAAAGUCUUUCCUUAUGAUAAUAAGAAAUAGCAAAGUUGGAUUUCUGUAGCUUUUUAUUUCCAUUGUUUCCAAGUGGAAAGCCUAUCUCUUUUAAUGUCUGUAAAUCUAACAUUAUUACUUUCUCUUUGAAGUAUAUUGUAUUGUUCGAUGUUUGUUUGAGCUGGUAACUAACAUCCUUGCAACUGCUGCAAUAUGUUUCUGUUGGCAACUUGUAUAUUACUUUGUACACAAGUACUGGUAAAACUGUCAUUAAAAGUAGCUUCUGCCAUUAAACUACCUAUAGCGGAAUAGUACUUCUGUAAUAUUACCAAUGUAGUACUAUCAUACCAUAUUUUCUUUCUCCAGUGUAAUUAAAUUGUUAUUUAUUCAAA